AUGCUGCUGCAGGAGUUCCUGCUGCCGCUCAGCAUGACACAGCGCGAUCUGGCCACAGCUAUCCACGUCCCCUUCCAGCGCGUCAACGAGGUUGUCCGCGGGAGACGAGGGGUCACGCCCAGCACGGCAUUACGGCUCUCCAAGUUCUUCGAUACGUCUCCUGACUUCUGGAUGAACCUGCAACUCCGUUGGGACCUGUACCACGCCCAGAGGGCCGAGGCGGAGCAGAUCGACAGUAUCCGUCCUUAUGAACCGGUGUCGCCCCGUAGAGGGCGGGAGAACGUCAGCUCGCGACCGAUAGCCGUGCCUCGAUCUUAG